AUGCCGCUCCCAGUCGCCGAACUCGUCACAUUCACCUCUACCGAGGCAUACCAGAAAGAUCAGAGCGUCCUCGGAGGGCUGCUGGAUCUCCUCAGCAAAGCCGAGGGGAGGAUCAGCACGUUUCACGGCCCAGAAGUCGAGGACCCGUCCAGAGCCUAUCUCUUCGUCCUGUGGCACGCCAUCGAGCAGCGGAUCGCGUUCACGAACGGACCCCUCGCCGCCAACCGCGAAAUACUCAAGCCCGCCUUCGGCGGCCCGCCCGAGAUGGUGCACGUCCACUUCGUGCAGGACCCCACGCCCGCGUUCGACGCGCCCGUCACGGAGGUCGCCGUGAUCACCAUCAAGCCGGGGCACACCAAGGAGCAGGUGGGCCCUCUGCUCGACCAGCUGACGAACUUCCGGACGGAGGGGCUCACGUUGUCCACGUGGGGGCCGAUGGUGGAGCGGGAGGACACGCUGUACAUUGCCGCCGGGUGGGAGUCGCUGGAGGCCCACCAGAAGUCGUAUGAGAGCGCGUCGGAGGAGUUCAUGAAGGUCAUAACGGCCAUCCGCGAUCGCGCGGAGCUCAAGAUCACCCACGGAAAGUUGAGGAAGUACGACUGAGCUUGUUGGCUCCCGAAGAUAAUGAUAUCAUUUGAAGGAAAACUUGUAUACUAGCACUACCCCCUGCUUAUUGCAUCCCUUCUUACCCCCCUCUCUUCGUGGUGAUGCUUGUUCAGGAUACUCUGUCUUCCCGCUACGCUUGCAGUGUCAAUCAUAUCUCAUUAGAUCGGAUCAUGCGCAUGGUCCAUUCAUCUAAGUAUCGUACCAAAACCUACAACCAAGAAACCAUUACACCACAUCCCCCGUCCGCGGGUCAUCAUUUUAAGUUGACAUCAUCCUCACGACGUCUGCACGCGCGCCUUGACCGCCUUCUCCAGCCCAAAGAACCGUCCCCGUUCUGCCUUCUUCGCCUGCCUCUCCCUCGUCUCCCGCUCGACCUCCUCGUCCGUGAGGUUCCCGCCAAACGAGUACCACGUC